AUGACAGGCAGGGGUGCCUUGCUUCUUUAUUUUGUGAGUGCGUUCCAUCCAACUUUCUCCCAUGAAACGUCCCCCAGCACAGUAUGGGAAGCUGGGUAUCGAAGAUUGGAACUGACGACAGUAGUUGGGAAUGAAGCCGACCAUGAAUUCUUCGGUGUAGGAUCCACCGAACAUCAUUUUUCCGAACUGACCCAAAAGUUCAUGAACUUCGCAACUAACACGCCAAAGAGGCGCCCAAGCAUUAUCAAGAACCCAUUUAGCACAGCUGUUCCUCCGGUGCUGCAUUCAGUGAUGCAAAAAUGGUCUUGCACUCGGGUACAAAUUGCUUCGUAA